AUGUCGCGCUCAACCUCGCCGUCGUCGACACUGAACGCGUCGCCAAAAGAGAAAUCAAAUGACGACAUCCCCGCACCUGUCUCCCCGCAUUCACAACAUGACCGCGACGACCAAGUCGAUGACCAGGACCACUAUAAUCAUGAUCAAUCACUACCGCUUGACGAGGAGGCGGCUCAAGUGCUGAAGGAGGAGAAGUCAGGGGACCCGUUCCUCGUGGGAUGGGAGCCGGGCGAGAAAGCCAAUCCCAUGAACUGGUCGUCAACAUACAAGUCUUUCAUCACCUUUGUCCUGGGUAUGCUCGCGCUGGCCGCCAGUCUGGGAUCAUCAAUCAUCUCGCCAGCAGAAAGAGAAAUCGCCGAGUACACUGGCAUCUCGAAUGAAGUCGCUGUCCUUCUGAUCUCCAUGUACAUCAUUGGCUUCGCUGUUGGUCCGCUUAUCUGGGCACCCACUUCGGAAGUUUGGGGACGCAGGAUCAGUAUGCUGCCGGCAAUGGUUGCUCUUGCCCUGUUCAGUAUAGGUACAGCUGUUGGCAAGAACGCUCAGACCAUGAUCAUCUGCAGAUUCUUUUCUGGUGUCUUUGGUUCCGCCCCGGUGUCCAAUGUUAGUGCUGCACUCGGCGACAUCUGGCCUCCUAAGUCAAGGGGAGUGGCAAUGACGUUCUACGCUGUUGCUGUGGUCGGUGGUCCUACGAUAGGGCCUGUCAUUGGUAGUGCUCUUACUGUGCAACUUGGGUUCAGGUGGCCCUCUUACAUUUUGGCAAUCUGGGUCUUCACAAUCUUCGUCUUCGCCUUCUUCUGCCUGCCGGAAGUCUACUCUCCUGUGCUCCUGAAGAAGAAGGCUCAACGACUGCGCAAGGAGACAGGAGAUUCACGUUGGCACCACCCUCACGAAGAUGUCAAACUUGAUGCGAAGUCAAUCGUGACCAAACAUCUUGCAAGACCUAUCGUCAUGCUUACUACAGAACCUAUGGUCACCGCCAUUGCCUUCUAUGCUAGUUUCGUCUACGGUCUUCUCUACAUGACUCUCGAGGUGUUCCCGAUCGUCUUUGAACAAAACCGAGGAUGGCCACUCAUCACUAGCACGCUCCCGUUCUUGGCACUUUUCGUCGGAGUGUUGUUCGCUGUUCUGAUCAACCUCGCUAAUCAACCACGAUAUGCAAGGGCUGUCGCCGCCAACAACGGCAGAGCUGUUCCCGAAGCCCGUCUUCCACCAAUGUUCUUAGGUGGAGUACUCUUCACGAUCGGAAUGUUCUGGUUUGGAUGGACAGCAGACCCAGACAUUCCAUGGCCAAGCUGUGUAGUCGCGGCUGGGUUUAUCGGAGCAGGCUUCAACAUCAUCUUCCAACAGUGUAUUAACUUCCUUGUUGAUACGUACUCGCUCUAUGCCGCUUCUGCGGUAUCUGCCAAUACGUUCUUGCGCAGUUUGAUCGCAGGAGGUCUACCGCUCGCAGCGCGGCCCAUGUUCAACCACCUAGGAGUCGGACCAGCCAUGAGUAUUCUUGGCGGAGUCGCUGCGCUGGCUUUGCCUGUGCCGUUGAUCUUCAUGAGAUACGGACUAAAACUACGAAAGAUGUCAAAGUUCGCGCCGGUGCACGAAGACUGA